AUGGCAUGCCCAUUCUUGCGAGAUGUGUUGGAUGAAGAAACACUUGUGCUGAGGAGAGCCUUCAGGCGAGAAAGGGUCUUCAGGGACCGGUUGGACCCACUGGCCUUCCCUGAUGACCAUCUAUAUGAAAGAUACAGGUUUUCUGCAGAUGGCAUCAGGUAUCUAUGCAGACUACUGGGUCCCAGGAUUAAGCACCGCACUGCACGGAGCCAUGCACUGAGUGUGGAGCAAAUGGUUUGUGUGGCCUUGCGCUUUUUUGCUAGUGGAGCCUUCCUGUACUCAGUGGGGGAUGCAGAACAGCUGAACAAGGCCACAAUUUGCCGCACAAUAAGGAGUGUGUGUCUGGCUAUCAAAGCAUUAGCAGAUGUCUUCAUCUCCUUCCCUGGCCACAGAAGACUCAGUGACAUGAAAGAGGAGUUCUAUAGGAUUGCAGGUUUCCCCAAUGUCAUUGGUGCAGUGGACUGCACACACAUAAGAAUAAAAGCCCCCUCAGGUGCCCAUGAGGCGGAUUUUGUGAAUCGGAAAUCCUUUCACAGCAUUAAUGUUCAGAUGGUCUUCAAUGCUGACUGUGUGAUCAGCAAUGUUGUGGCGAAAUGGCCUGGCUCAGUCCAUGACUCCAGAAUCUUUCGGGCCUCUGAAAUCUAUCAGUGCCUAUCACAAGGUGAAUUCUCUGGUGUGUUGCUGGGAGACCGGGGGUAUGGCUGCCAGCCUUUUCUCCUGACACCUUUCACAGACCCCCAGGAAGCACAGCAGGCCUACAACCAUGCCCAUGCCAGGACCAGGGCCAGAGUUGAAAUGACCUUUGGCCUCCUGAAGGCACGCUUUCACUGCCUUCACAAAUUAAGGGUCAACCCUGUUAGGGCAUGUGAUAUUACUGUGGCUUGUGCUGUCCUCCACAAUGUGGCCUGCCUGAGGAAGGAGAGGGCCCCCAGAGUGCCACCAGCCAUGGACUGGGACAAUCCGGCAAUCUUCCCUGAUGACGACAGUGGUCGGCUGCUGAGGGACCAAUAUGUGUUGAAUUAUUUUAGUUAGUAUGUGUGCUUUCAA